AUGCGCAGCUCAAUCAUCUCCGGGCUUGUUUUCGCUCCCAUCUUGGUUGCUCAUGCCGCACCAAGUGGCGCACUCGAGGCCAUUUCUCAGAUCGAUUGGGAGAGAGAGCUUCUUGGAGAGAGCGGAAAUCUCGAGAAGCGGGCCAGAUCAGAGCAGAGCAUAGAUGCUAUUUUCAAGUCCCUAGGCAAGCUGUAUUUCGGUACUUGCGCUGAUUCAGGACUAUUGAAUAAUGGGCAAAAUGCGGAAAUUCUCAAAGCCGACUUUGGCCAGUUAACUCCUGAGAACAGCGGCAAAUGGGACACAAUUGAAUCUUCGCAGAACAACUUCAACUUUGGAGGCUUGGACACCCUUGUCAACUGGGCACAAUCUAAUAACAAGCUCGUGCGUGGACAUACAACUGUCUGGCACUCGCAAUUGCCAGGAUGGGUACAGAACAUCAGAGACAAAAAUACCCUGACUGCCGUUAUCCAAAAGCACGUUUCAACUGAAAUUGGAAGAUACGCCGGAAAGGUCCUUCAAUGGGAUGUCGUAAACGAGAUGUUCGACGAGAAUGGAGGGCUCCGUGGCUCAGUCUUCUCUAAUGUCCUCGGAGAGGACUUUGUCCGUAUUGCAUUCGAAGCUGCCCGCAAGGCUGAUCCCAACGCAAAGCUCUAUAUCAACGAUUAUAACACCGUUGAGAAGGGGUCCAACUACGGGAAAACCACCGGCAUGAUCAAAUACGUCACGAAGUGGAUCGCAGCCGGUGUUCCCAUCGAUGGUAUCGGAGCACAAGCCCAUCUUAUGGCCGGCGAAUCUAAGAACGUUAAAGCCUCCCUCACCGCCCUCUGCGCCGUCGCCUCUGAAUGUGCCCUUACUGAAGUCGAUAUCGUCGGCGCUGCAGCUAACGAGUACGUUGAGACCGUCAAGGCCUGCGUUGAUAUCAAGAACUGUGUUGGCGUUACAGUCUGGGGUGUCCGGGAUCCUGAUAGUUGGCGUGCCUCGCAAAACCCAUUGUUGUUCAACAGCGGGUACCAGCCUAAGCCAGCAUAUAAUGCGCUUGUUUCUACUCUCGCCGCCAUGAAGCCUGCUGCCACCCCUCGUGCGGCUUAA